CUAUUUUUAUUAAAAAAAAUAUUAAAUUGAUAAGUAAGUGGACUGGACAAUAUAAGCUUAUUUAUAUAGUAAUUUUAAAGGUAUUUAAAGAAAAAUAUAUAUAG